AAAAUCACCAGUUAGCUUUCCUAUUCAAGGAAGAUCUAAUUUAUUGUGCCAAAUUAUCUUUUUCAAAAUUAUCUAGCUUUUGGUGAAGGAAGGAUAUGGCGGACUUACGUGAUGAACAUGGAAAUCCGAUUCAGUUGACUGACCAGUACGGCCAUCCAGUGCAGCUGACCGAUGAAUACGGUAACCCUAUGCACCUUACUGGUGUUGCUACCACUGCCGGCUCUGGUGCUGCAGCAGUUGGUGAAAAAUUGCCAGAAACGGCUAGCUAUGGGGCUCCGACUACGGGUGAGAAGUUGCACCACACAACUGGCUUUGGUGCUGGUGAUGCUGCUCCUACAACUGGGUUAGGUGCUGGUGCUGCUGCUCCUACAACUGGGUUAGGUGCUGGUGCUGCUGCUCCUACAACUGGCUUAGGUGCUGCUGAAAAAUUGCACCAUCCAACUGGCUUAGGUGCUGGUGGUCACACAACUGGGUUAGGUGGUGGUACUGCUGCUGGUGCCGGCUUACGUGUUGGUGCUGGGACAAUUGGUGAAAAGUUGCACCAGGAAACAACAAAACCGGAGCAACAGCAUCACAAGACGGAACUUCACCGUUCCAGCAGUUCAAGUUCUAGCUCGUCGGAGGAUGAUGGACAAGGUGGGAGGAGGAAGAAGAAAGGGCUGAAAGAGAAGAUAAAGGAGAAAUUCACAGGUGGAAAGCACAAGAAUGAAGAACCACAUCACCAAGCACAUGGUGUUGGAACUGGAACCACAACAACUACUACACCAACUACUACAGAGCAUGAGAAGAAGAGUAUGAUUGAGAAGAUCAAGGAGAAGUUACCCGGCCAUCAUAAUCAUCACUAGAUUAGAUAAAUCGCUGGGAAUAAGAAGAAUAUUAUUGUAUUUAUCAUGUCGUAUCUCUUUCUAUUUUAUGUAGUAGUGCUAGUUGCUUGUGUUCAGUUCAGUAUAUGCCAUGUAAUUGUUGUUAUUGUACACAUGAAAUGUACCUUUGUUUCAGUUCCAGCUGCUA